GCUUUUGCGUGUUCUCCUCAACUUUACCCUUUUGCACAUAAAAUGGAUGAGCAGCAACCGCCAGCCAACUCUCCGGCUAUUUUUCAUUCGCCACAAGCGAUGCCGGUGAGACGAACCCUGGGACCACACAACUCACCCGUUAAAUCAAUGUCCACAAACUCAUCGGCUCAUACAUCGCCACGAGUCACACCUACAAAAGGAGCGAAUCCUUACGGGGAUCGAUUUAUGCCUCUACGUCAAUCAAAUAUAGAAUGGAAUGCUCGCUAUCAUUCGAUCAACUCGGAUGAUGACUCAGGAUUCAAAAAACCAAUGGGCACAUCAUCCUGUAAUCGGCAUUUGGGCGGUGGGCAGAAUUCUGCAUUCAUGUCUGAUUCGUCAACCCAUCCAAGUUCAUCUUCUCUCGCUGGAUUAGGUGCUCUCGCAACUGCUCCAUCUUCUUCUCAGUCAUCACUCUCAUCACAUCCACAUCAACAUCAUAAUCAUCAUUCGUCGUCAAGUUCAUCUUAUCAUGAUUAUUAUCAAGGAACGUCAUCUGGAUCAGGAAAUACUUCUCCAACAGCUCAAGCAGCUUGUAUGGAUGACACCAGAAGUAGUGAAGCCGUCCUCAGAGCCCUUCUACGAAACGAAAUGCUGAAAGAUCGAAUUGAUGACGUCAAAACGCAAGUUCAAACUUCCGAAGAAGUUAUUGCCACGUUUUCCUUGGGUCCUGUCGUCUCUGCUUUCCCACAGCCCACUCAAGAAUCCGGUACACGUGGAAUUAUACCACAAUUGGAACGGAAUGCAUACGGUGGAAGUGUUGAUACAGUAUUCCCAGUAGUUGCCAACGAAGGAAUUAUUGAUGUUACGAGAAUCAGUGGUGCAGAAUCUCCUACAAUGGCCCAAAUGAUGGAACCUCGUCUUCGCUGUGGUGCUGACUCCGUAGCUGAUAUUCCUUUAUCACCAGCUGCCAGUAUCAACGGGGAUACACCAACAAAAGCCCCACCACCAGCUCUUCCAUUAUCGCCAAUUGUUCAAAAACAAUCGCCAGCUCGAUCACUUUUUACGUACAGUGCUAAAACGACGCCUGUUAAAUACGGAGGCCAAGCAACAACUACAGCGACUUCUCCAUUUGGUGGACCAUUUGGAGUUGAUUCGCAACGUUUGUUGAGGACUCCAAGGAAGCCAAUUCGAAAAGUUCCAAAGAAUCCGUAUAAAGUUUUGGAUGCUCCGGAACUUCAAGAUGAUUUUUAUUUGAAUUUGGUCGAUUGGUCAUCACAGAAUCAACUUUCUGUGGGAUUGGCAGCUUGUGUUUAUUUAUGGAGUGCCACAACGAGCCAGGUGAUAAAGCUUUGCGAUUUGGGUCAAACAAAUGAGCAGGAUCAAGUGACAUCUGUUCAAUGGUGUGAUAAAGGAGAUCUUUUGGCAGUUGGAACAAGUCGAGGUGUCACCCAAAUCUGGGAUGUAACGACUCAGAAAAAGACACGAGAGCUCACUGGACACUCGUCAAGAGUCGGUUGCUUGGCAUGGAAUGCUGAUACAAUUUGCUCUGGAUCCAGGGAUCGUACCAUUAUGCAUCGUGAUAUUCGAUGUGAUGAUAAUGAUAUGGGUAGAAAGUUGACGAAUCACAGACAAGAAGUUUGUGGAUUGAAGUGGUCACCUGAUAAGCAACUUCUCGCAUCCGGUGGAAAUGAUAAUCAAUUACUUGUCUGGAAUCUGAGAAGAAACGAGCCAAUUCAGACAUACACUCAGCACAAUGCAGCUGUGAAAGCGCUCGCGUGGUCGCCACAUCAUCAUGGACUUCUUGUUUCUGGUGGAGGUACUGCUGAUCGAUGCUUGAGAUUCUGGAAUACGUUGACUGCGCAGCCGAUGCAAUGUGUUGAUACUGGAUCACAGGUUUGCAAUGUGGCAUGGUCGAAGCAUAGCAGCGAGCUCGUCUCUACGCACGGUUAUUCAUUUAAUCAUCUUCAGGUAAUCAUCUGGAAAUACCCAAGUCUUCAGCCUGUAACCAAGUUGGUUGGGCAUCAGUAUCGUGUAUUGUACCUUGCAAUGUCACCAGAUGGCGAAUCGAUCGUAACUGGAGCCGGUGAUGAGACUCUUCGAUUCUGGCACGUCUUUAAUAAGGGAAAUCCACCGACGAUCACCAGAUCAAAAUUGAAUUUGCAUUCUACCAUCCGGUAGAAUUUCAUUUUCACAUGUUUUUUGUUUUUUUUUUCUGAAGUGAUUGUUUUCCAAGAAAAGUGCGACUAUAUUAAUAGAAAAUGUUUUCAAUUUCUGUUAAUGUAUUUUGUGCCUUUUUAAAGAAAAUUAUUACCUCCCUACUCAUCACCUUCCUCUGGUCAAAAUUGCCAAAACUGGGUUACCAUUUUUCAAAAAAAUCAAGAUAAUCUCUAGGAUUUUCGAAUUGUAUCUUCACAUUGUUUGUCACGAUUAUUCAAAAAAUUCACUUUAUAUGCUCGUUUUCUCAAUUUCUGUACUCCCUCCAAAUCAUACCAUGCAUCUAGUCCCCAUUGAAAUAGUCGCCUUAUUACAAAAUUGUCAAUUCCUGAGUUACGGAUUUCACGAGUUUGUAAUAAUAUGAAAUCGCCCCUCUCGUCUCCUGAAAAACUAUAUGCUGUAAAAAUUGGGAUUCAUCUCCAACCACUUUGCCUAGAAUUUCUAGUUCUUCUUUUUUGUUGCUAUGUGCUCCUGUGAAUUCAUCAUCAUGUAAUUUCAAUCGAAGUUCGGCUUUUUCGCUGAACACCCCACCCCAAAUAAGUCUUUCAAAAACUUUCAAUCGAAUCCUACAUGUUUCUUUUUUCGCCUAAUAUUUAAAAUUAUUGCUCCAGUCUGCUUAUUUUUUCCCCCACUGCUCCCAGUGCUUCUACAUUUUUUGUUCCAAAUCCCCAACCCCUCCCCAAGUUUUUUUUUAUUUUUACAAAUUUCUUCCAGCUUUUUAUUUGUCUGCGACAUAAUAUAUAUUUUAUUAAACUGAUAUUUCCUAGAAUGAAAAAACAAAUAAAACUCGUUUGUUUGAGA